CAGAUUGGAGUCAGUAUGGCGGACGGUUCCAAAGUCUUCAAGAAGACCAGUCCUGAUGGCAAGUAAACCGUUUACCUGGCAAAGCGGGACUAUGUGGACCACGUGGAGUUUGUAGAGCAAGUAGAUGGAAUGAUUGUAAUUGACCCGGAGUACCAAAAGGAGAAGAAAGUGUUUGUGACGCUCACCUGCGCGUUCCGUUAUGGGCGGGAUGACAUGGAGCUCAUCGGGCUGUGCUUCAGGAAGGACAUCUACGUUCAGUCCUGCCAAGUGUCCCCGCCAUUGCCGGAGGAGAAGAAGACGCUGACCCCACUCCAGGAGAAGCUGAAGGCCAAGCUCGGGGCCAACUCCUUCCCCUUCAGCUUCAAUAUGGCAACCAACCUGCCCUGUUCUGUGACCCUGCAACCCGGACCAGAGGAUUCUGGGAAGGCCUGCGGCGUGGAUUUCGAGGUGAAAGGUUUCUGGGGGGACGACGUCGAAGAAAAAGUUUCGAAAAAGAACGCGGCGCGCCUCAUCAUACGAAAAGUUCAGUACGCCCCGGAGACCACAGGAUCGGCCCCGCAUGCCGACAUCACCAAGCAGUUCAUGAUGUCAGACAAGCCGCUGCAGCUGGAGGCGUCCCUGAACAAGGAGAUACAUUAUCAUGGGGAACCCAUCGCUGUCAACGUGAAAAUCAAUAACUCAACCAAUAAGAUUGUGAAAAAGAUCAAGAUCACAGUGGAGCAGGUCACAGAUGUCGUCCUCUACUCGCUGGACAAGUACACCAAAAUUGUUUGCAGCGAGGAGAUGAAUGACACCGUAGCGGCAAAUUCCGCCUUCAGCAAGUCGUACCAGGUGACCCCCCUGUUGGCCGAUAAUACGGAGAAGCGCGGUCUGGCACUGGACGGCAAACUGAAGCAUGGCGACACCAACCUGGCGUCCUCCACGGUCCUGCGCCCGGGGAUGGACAAGGAGGUGCUGGGGAUUCUGGUGUCCUACAAAGUCCGCGUGAACUUGAUGGCAUCCCGAGGCGGCAUUCUGGGAGACCUUAUAUCCAGUGAUGUAUCAGUGGAGCUGCCACUGGUUCUGAUGCAUCCCAAGCCUGCUGAAGAUACUCGCAGUGCGGAGGACGUGGUGAUCGAGGAGUUCGCUCGCCAAAAGCUACAGGGAGAGCAAGACGACGAGGAGGACAAGGAGGAGGCGAGCUGA